AUGGGGAGGGGAGGGGCAGCGAUGGGCGGCGCUCCUCGGGGGGCGGUCGACCCGCGGCUGCAGCGGCAGCGGCGGUUUGUCGGGGGUCGGGGCGGGGACGGGCGCGGCGGUACGGGCCUGGACGGCCGCGGCGCGGCUGGCCGACGUGGAAGGAGCGGCGGGGCCGCGAUGGAGGUUGGGGAGGGGUGCGGGCCGGCGGGGAGGCCGGCUACGCCGGACGGGGUCGGCGGCGGCGGCACGGGCUGGUGUGGGCGGGGCGAUGUGGAAGAGGCGGCGAGGGUGCGGUGGAGGUCGGGGCGCCACAGGGAGGGGUGCGUGGCGGCGGGGCGGCCGGCUACGGCAGACGGGGUCGGCGGCAGCGGCGUGGUUGUGGGUGGGGAGGGAACGAGAGCGAGAGAGAUGGGGACAGAGGACGGGGGCGGGUGGAGAGAAGAGACAGAGGACGGGGGCGGGACGGCCGUUAACGUACCCGCCUCUUUGCCGUCCGCCAACGGUCGGCAAACAUUCUUUGCCGUCCGCCAACGGACGGCAAAGAGGUGGGCUUGGGUUGGUUACACAAUAACUGGACCCACCAACCUCUUUGCCGUCCGCUAG